UCCCUUUCGAGCAUGCGCAGUAAAUCUUUAAUGGCAGCCCCCAUGGAUUCCAUGCCGAGAGCGAGUUGAACACAACAUUUAUUUCAAUUAUCUGGACAUGGCAAAACUUUUUUCCACAAGAUUAUUGUCGACAUUGUGUAAAGUGAUCACUGAAAGUGGUCUCACACAGCAAUCUGCUCUCCAAAGGUAUGGAAUUCACACAGCAGCUGUCCUGGAGGCCAAACACAGGUAUACAGAUGAAAACAUAGACCUGAACAAAGAUACCCUCAAACCACAAAGACUGUUCAAAAGUGGAGGCAGGGACCCUGAAACAGGAAGAGUAGUGUACAAGCGUGUUGGCGGAGGCCAUAAACAGUCCCUUCGAUUGGUCAGAUUUGAUUACAAUGUGCCAGAAAAGAAGACAGAUGUUGGUUACGAGAGAGUUAUCCAUGUCCGUAAGGAUCCCUGUCGUACAGCACAUAUUGCUAUCACCGCAAGUGGUAACAGGAAACGCUACACUCUGGCAUCGGACAGCACAAAGACGGGUGAUCUGAUCAAAACCUUUGCGGAUAUCCCUGAUCUUCCGGUAUCUCCAGAGGCAGGCAAUCAGUACCCAGUGGGAUCCCUGCCUGUCGGCACCAUUAUCCACAAUAUAGAACGGUGGCCGAAGGAGGGUGGCAGAGUGGCACGGGCAGCCGGAGCGAGUGGCAUGAUAACUCGUAAACUAGAAGACAACAGUGUAGUUAUUAGUAUGCCGUCAAAGAAAGAAAUGCGUGUAGACCAGUACGCUAUGGCUACAGUUGGUAGGGUUUCCAAUCCCGGUCAUCAGGAUGUUAUCAUCGGAAAGGCGGGGAGAAAUCGUUGGAAGGGUAUUAGACCCAGCAGUGGAUUGAAACAGAAGAAAAGUGGUUAUCACGGGAAGAAAAUAAACAAACCAAAGGCUAUUAAGAGCUAUGUCAAAAUACAGGCACCAACUUCUACAGACUUUAAACAAAAUCAUGACUGACAAUUUACAGGACUGUUCAUAAUUGUUUGAGAGAAAGCUUAAGCACUUCUUAGAGUACUGUGUUAGAUACUGGUGGGAGAUAGGUACGUCCUCAUAAAUAUCUAGAUAAAAUGGUGAGUUGUGGAUGUGUUUUAAUUAUAAUAAAUUAUCAAAUAUACUGUA